AAUAUUUAUUAUUAUUAUUUAAAAUAAUAGAUUUAUUAGUAAUGCACUUCGAGCGAGUCUCAUCUCGAGAAACCUAGAAUCUCGAGAAAAAAACAAUGGAACAAAUUAAAUGUUACAUUUUCAUAUCAUUUCUUUUAUGAAAGGACAGAGUCCUAUUCUAUAAUUAUAAACGAACAAAAAAAUUGCAAAUCAAGUGCAAAAAACUAGAUAAAGCAGGUUUUUCUACAGACAAAAAGUAAAUUUUCAAUUAGUAUAUCCUUUACAUUGUAUAAUAAUAGAACAACUUCUUUUUUUUUUAAUAUUUACAUUCUCUUUCUACUCUAUAAAAGGUGCCAAGUCUUGAAUAAUCGAGUUUCAUUCUUGACUCUUGUGAUACAAAAUGCUUCACGAAUUUUUACAUCAAACUGCACUUUUAUUUACUUUUAAUGAAGUACCAUAAUUAAACGACAAUAAAUAAACUUUAAUAAAUAAAUGACAAUGAUUAAUAAUUAAAUUUAAAACUUAAAAAAAACUAAUUUUAAAAACUUUUAAAUUAAUUAUCUAGAAUAAACAAAAAAAAAUUAUAAUAAAGAAUUACUAUAAAAUAAAUUACAAAAAAAUUAUAAAAUAGUGUUUUAAAAAGUGAAGUGAACGAAAAAUGUUGUCAACAAUAUUGUGUAUUUUAGUGUCUGUUUGUGCAAUUUUUUAUUUUUUAAAUAAUAGAGAGUUAUAUAAGAGAACAAAUCACAUUCCGGGACCAUUUUCUCUUCCUCUAAUCGGAUGCGCUUAUAAAUUCAUUGGUGAUUCCACACAUUUUAUGACACAAAUUAUAAGAAUGAGUAAUAUAUACAAAUCACCAUUUCGAGUGAUAAUUGGAUCACGAAUAUUUCUCUUCACUAAGGAUCCGGAACAAGUAAAAACGAUUCUUCAAAGUUCGAAAACAAUUGAAAAAACCGAUAUCUACGAUUUUGCUAAACUUUGGCUUGGUAACGGAUUAGUUACGGCUGAACAUAAAAUAUGGCGUAAACAUCGAAAAAUGAUUCAACCAACGUUUAAUAAAAACAUAUUGAAAACUUUUAUUUCAAUUUUUCAAAAAAAUUCACUUCUUUUGACAAAAACUUUUGAAAAAGAACUGAAUGGACCGGAAUUUGAAAUUACACCUCAUGUUACCUUGAUGGCUGUCAGUAAUAUUUGUGAAACUUCAAUAGGUGUUUCGGUAGAAACACAAAAAAAGGAGGUUGAACAAUUUUACAUAUUUUCCAAAAGGGUUUUUCAUGUUUUAUUUAGUCGAUUAAUUCAAAUAUGGUUACAUCCAGAUUUUUUAUUCAAUUUAAGUUCACUUGCAAAAAGUUUCAAUGGUUACGUUACGUUCAUACAUAAUUUCAUUGAUGAAAUUAUUCAAAAAAAGAGAGAAGCAUUGAAAAUGAAAGCAAAUAUAAAUCAAGGUACUAUUUUUACAGAAGAUUCUUUAAAAGGCAGAAAACGAACUUUGGAUUUAUUAUUAGAAUUAUCGGAUAGUGAAAGUUUUACGGAUAAAGAACUUCGAGAAGAAGUGGUGACUCUGAUAACUGCUGGUUCUGAUACCACAAGCAGAGUGAUCAGUUUUGUAUUUCUUAUGUUGGCAAAUUAUCCUGCAGUUCAGGAAAAAGUUUACGAGGAAAUAUUUAGCGUUUACGGUUCUGAUGAUUCAGAAAAAAAUCCAGUGAAAUUCGAAGAUUUACAUAACUUUAUGUAUUUGGAACGUGUUAUCAUGGAAACAAUGAGAAUAUUUCCAGUUGUUCCACUCAUUGGUCGUUUGGUUUUAGAAGAUAUAGAAUUGGACGGACAAACAGUACCAAAAGGUUGCUCGGUAGUUCUUUUUGCAUUGGGACUUCAUCGAAAUGAAAAAAUAUGGUCCGAUCCAUUAAAAUUUGAUCCUGACAGAUUUCUACCGGAGGAAGUUAAUAAACGCCAUCCUUGUGCCUUCAUUCCAUUCAGUUUUGGUUCCAAAGACUGCAUAGAUUUUAUAGAACGAAUGAUGAAAAUUAAUUACACUUAUAAAUCACCAUUUCGAAUGACAAUGGGAACACGAGUAUUUAUUUUCACUCAAGAACCAGAGCAGAUAAAAACGAUUCUUCAGAGUUCAAAUACAGCUGAGAAGGAUAAUAUUUACAAUUUUGCUAAACCUUGGGUUGGCGAUGGAUUAAUAACUGCUGAACAAAAAAUAUGGCGCAAUCAUCGAAAAUUAAUUCAUCCAACGUUCAAUAAAGCAAUACUACAAUCAUUUGUAUCAAUUUUUCAAAGAAAUUCACUUUUAUUGAUAAAAGAAUUUGAAAAUAAAAUAAAUGGACCGGAAUUUGAAAUUACACCUUAUGUUGCAUUCAUGUCUGUCAGUAAUAUUUGUGAAACUUCAAUGGGUAUUUCUGUAGAAACACAGAGAAAGGAUGUUGAAAAAUUCUACAAUUUCAUGGACAGGGCAUUUCAUGUUUUAUACAAACGAUUGAUGCAAGUGUGGCUACAUCCCGAUUUAUUAUUUAAUAUGAGUGUCAAUGGAAAAAAAUUCAAUUCCUACAUUACUUUUAUGCACAAUUUUACUGAUGAAGUGAUUCAAAAGAAGAGAAAAUCUUUACAAAUUAAAGGAAAUGAUAUUCAAGAGGAUUCUGAAAAAGUGAGAAAACCAACUUUGGAUUUUUUAUUAGAACUUUCGGAGAAUGAAGGCUUAACGGAUAAAGAACUUCGUGAUGAAGUGGUAACACUCAUAUGUGCUGGUUCUGACACUACAAGCAAAACAGUGGAUUUUGCACUUUUUAUGUUGGCAAUUCAUCCUGAAAUUCAGGAAAAAGUUUACGAGGAAAUUUUUAGCGUUUACGGUUCUGACGAUCCGGAAAAAAAUCCAGUGAAACAUGAAGAUUUACAUCACUUUAUGUAUUUGGAACGAGUUAUCAAGGAAACAAUGAGAUUAUUUCCAAUUACUCCUCUCCUUGCUCGUAUGGUGUCAGACAAUAUUGAAUUGGAUGGAAAAACAGUGCCAAAAGGUUGUUCGGCAAUUAUUUCAGUUUUGGCACUUCAUCGAAAUGAAAAAAUUUGGCCUGAUCCGUUAAAAUUUGAUCCUGACAGGUUUCUACCCGAGGAGUCGAUUAAACGUCAUCCAUGUGCAUUCAUUCCAUUCAGUUUUGGACUCAGAAACUGCAUAGGUCGUUCAUAUGCCAUGAUAUCGAUAAAAGUUUUAUUAGUAACAUUACUGAGAAAAUAUGUUUUGAUAAAGGACAAAAUUACCAAAGUCAAAGAUAUUAAAUUAAAAAUGGAUAUAAUUCUUCAAUUUUCUAAACCCAUUAAAUUAAGAAUUUAUAAAAUAGCGUUUAAAAAAAUAGAGUUUAAAAGAAAAAUGUCAACAAUACUUUAUAUUUUAGUGUCAAUUUUGACAACGAUUUGUGCUAUUUUUCAUUUCUUCAAGAACAGAGAAUUAGUUAAGAAAACGAAUCAGUUUCCGGGACCGUUUAAUCUUCCUCUCAUUGGAUGUGCUUAUAAAUUCAUUGGUGAUUCUACAAAUUUUAUGAAACAAAUUAUAAAAAUUAGUUCCACUUAUAAAUCACCAUUUCGACUGAUAUUUGGAUCAGAAAUAUUUAUUUUUACUAAGAAUCCCGAACAAAUAAAAACGAUUCUUCAGUGUUCAAAAGCAAUGGGAAAAGCUUAUGUUUAUGAUUUUGCUAAACCAUGGUUGGGUGAUGGAUUAGUGACUGCAGAAUAUGAAAUAUGGCGUAAACAUAGAAAAAUAAUUCAACCAACGUUCAAUCAAAAAAUACUGCAAACCUUUUUUUCAAUUUUUCAAAAAAAUUCACUUCUGUUGAUAAAAGAGUUGGAAAGUAAAAUAAAUGGAUCGGAAUUUGAAAUUUCACCUCAUAUUGCAUUUAUGGCUGUCAGCAAUAUUUGUGAAACUUCAAUGGAUGUUUCUGUGGAAACACAAAAAGAGGAUGUUGAAAAAAUGUACAACUCUGCAGAAGGGGCAUUUUCUUGUAUCCAAAAACGAUUUCAGCAAUUAUGGUUACAUUCUGAUUUAAUAUUUAAUAUGACUUUCAUUGCAAAAAAAUUUAAUUCAUACGUUAAAUACACUCAUUACUUCACUAAUGAUGUCAUUCAAAAAAAGAAAGAAGCUUUAAAAUUAAAAGCAAACGAAAAACGAGAAGAAUUUCCAAAAGAGAAAAAAGCAACUUUGGAAUUAUUAUUAGAAUUAACGGACAAUGAAUGCUUAUCGGAUAAAGAACUUCGCGAUGAAGUGAUAACACUCGUAACGGCAGGUUCUGAUACCACAAAUAAAACUUUGGAUUCUGUAAUUUACAUGCUGGCAAAUAAUCCCGAAAUUCAGGAAAAAGUUUACGAGGAAAUUUUUAACGUUUAUGGUUCUAAUGAUCCAGAAAUAAAUCCAGUGAAAUUUGAAGAUUUACAAAACUUUGUGUAUUUGGAACGAGUAAUGAAAGAAACAAUGAGAUUAUUUCCAAUUGCUCCUUUACUUGCUCGUAAGGUUACAGAUGAUUUUGAAAUAGAUGGAAAAAUAGUACCAAAAGGCUGUUCGGCAGUUAUUUUAGUUAUAGCACUUCAUCGGGAUGAAAAUGUUUGGCCCGAUCCGUUAAAAUUUGAUCCUGAUCGUUUUCUUCCGGAAGAAGUGAAAAAACGUCACCCAUGUGCUUAUAUUCCAUUCAGUUAUGGUCCCAGGGAUUGUAUUGGUCGUGGUUAUGCCAUGAUAUCAAUGAAAGUUUUAUUAGUAACAUUGCUAAGGAAGUACAUUUUGAAAGUAGACAAAAUUACCAAAAUCGAAGAUAUUAAAUUAAAAAUGGAUACAAUUCUUCAAUUUUCUAAACCCAUUAAGUUAAGAAUUGAAAAAAGAUGAUGAUUUGCUGGAAAAAUUAAGUUAUUCAUCAUAGUUAUCCUCAACAUUGUGAUGUAAUUUUUGAAUUAAUCUAUUAUGUUAAUAAUAAAAAUAAAAAAGU